AUGGCUGCAAUCGCGGCUAGCAGUCUUCUCGUCCCGCUGUCCACAUGGUUCUACGCCGUCACGCAGACCGUUCAGGAACCGUAUCUCGAUGAAGUCUUCCACGUACGUCAAGCACAGCACUACUGCAAUGGUCGCUUCGACAUCUGGGAUCCGAAGAUCACGACUCCGCCUGGAUUGUAUUUGCUGUCUUACCUAGGCUCUCUGGUUCCAGGCAUUGGCUGCAGUAUCACUGCAUUACGGGCCCUAAAUGUCCUCGGCAUCGUCCUUCUAUCUCUCGUAGUGCGGCGAUCGUACCUGCAGCGGGCUACAGACAGAGGCCAACGACAUUCAGGAGUGUUCGAUCACAGCUCGCUCGAUGUAGCACUAUUCCCGACCCUUUUCUUCUUCUCGGCACUGUACUAUACCGACAUCUGGUCGACGCUGCUAGUAGUCCUCUUCUACACGCAGAUCUCGUCUACAAAUCACAACAAUUCAGGCCGUCUCGUCCACCACGUCACCCUCGUGACGCUAGGACUAGCUAGCCUAGCUUUCCGCCAAACUAACAUCUUCUGGGUGGCCAUUUUCCCAGCAGCCAUCACCACAAUACGACAACUUGAUCGCGGUCAUGACGCUGUUCGGAAUUCGAUGUACCGAGGCGUCGCGGGCUUUGGCGACUCGUGGUAUAGCAUCAUGAAAACGAGCUAUAAGAUGCAGGUGGUCUAUGAUCCAGCUAUCAGAUAUGCCUCGUUCGACGUCUACCUAGUCACGAUAGGAUCCACUGUAGCAUGUGCGCUGGGCAUGCUCUCUCAACCCAAGAAACUCUUCAACUUGCUGCUCGUACUCGCGCCAUACCUUACUCUACUUGGUGUGUUCACCGGAUUCGUACUAUGGAAUGGCAGCGUUGUACUGGGCGAUAAAAGCAACCAUACUGCAACACUACAUCUCCCACAGAUGCUCUACAUCUGGCCUUUCAUCACCUUCUUCUCUUGGCCAUUGGUAUACCCAUACCUACUGCUCACGCCUGUCUCCAUCAUCUCCUGGCUGCCAAUUUCCGUGGGCACCCUCGAGUCCAUGCAGAUCUUCAAACGUGGGAACUUACUCCCGCGACCCUGGCUUGUGCUUGCAGCAAUAGGUAUAGCUUGCGUGGUCAUCUACGCCAACACGAUCGUGCACCCUUUCACACUGGCGGACAAUAGACACUACGUCUUCUACGCCUUCCGACUCCUGCUUUGGCCCUGGUGGAUGCGCUACGCCGCUUCACCCCUCUACAUUCUCUGCGCAUGGGCUUGCAUCCAGACUCUGGGAGGCGGACCGGCAAAAGCAUUAGUACGUGCAGGGAGCGGCGAAGGAGAGGGUCUGUUUUUGCCAGACAGCCAACACUCCGCCCCUGUAUCGUUUGCACUAAUCUGGAUGGCAACCUCAGCACUCCAGCUCGUGACAGCACCGCUAGUCGAACCACGUUACUUCAUCCUACCGUGGAUCUUCUGGCGUAUUCAUUUGCCACUACGUCUGAGGCCGCAAGGUACUACACCUAUCAAGCCGGACGAGUCAUUACCAUCGCCAAAGGUGCUAUGGAACGAGUACGACCAUAGGCUAUGGCUCGAAACGGCAUGGCUUUUGAUAGUCAAUGCAGCCACGGGUUACAUAUUCUUGUACUGGGGCUUUACAUGGCCACAGGAACCGGGCAAGGUGCAAAGGUUCAUGUGGUAA